AUGAUUGGUGAAGAUCCAGUGACGGGUACAGAUCAAAGUAUGGGUACAUUGUGGCAACGAAUUCAAGCUCAUUGGGUUAGGCAAUUGGGAGACAAGAUAACUGAAGAAAGAUCACACAGUGCUCUGAUGAACCAUUUUUCAAACUUUCAACGUGAUGUAAACAAAUUUUUAGGAUACUACAAAAAUGUCCACGACAAUCCAAUCAGUGGUUACAACGAGUAUGAUAUGAUGCAUUGCAACGUUAACAAAAAUCUAACUAGACGACUAAUGAAAAGAGGUGUUGAUCUUGAUAUUAAUGAGCCAAGAAAUUGGUCAGAAUCGACUCCAACAACACCAAGUUCAUCAACUCCUACAAUAUCAACUCCAGGGUCGAUAAAUCUUGGUGAUGACGAUACACCAGUCGAUACCGAAGGUUCGAAUAUGUCACGUCCCAAGGGACAAAAAACAAGGAAGAUUCGUAAAAAGAAAACGCCAUCUCUUGAAGCAAGUAUUCUUAAACAAUUGGAAGCUAUAACAGCACAAGGCGUCAUGUUUGGUGAAGCAGGUGUGGAAGGAGAGCGAAUGAGACUUCAACUUUCCAUGGAGAAACAACGGACUAAGCAGUUGGCGAUAGAAUCAAAUUUGGAGAAAGAACGGACUAAACAGUUAGAAAUAAAAACAAGAGAAAGGAUGGCUAAAAUGGAGUUUGAAAGAGAUAUAAUGCGUUAA